AUGGUACUUACUGUCGCUGAUGCAAAGAAGCUCAAGGUUGCUGACUUGAAAACUGAGUUGCAGCAGUUGGGCAUGUCCACCACAGGGAAAAAAGAGGACUUGCUUGCUCGUUUGAUUCACCAUCUGGAAAGCAAUACAAAUACUCCAGCUUCAAACCCUACUGUUAGUCCUUCUGCCCCUAAUGGCGCUGUUCCAGCAAAUGUACAUACUCUACCAAACAAUCUCACUGGUACAUCUAGAUCUGCUGGUGUUCAUCCUCAAACAGUGCAUACAGUAGAUACAACUACUGUCCCAAAAUCAGCAUCAAUCAAGUCGCCAAAUAAGGACUCUCACAAUGUUAACAUUGCUGUCACUGCAAGCAUGACUGAUGAAGAGCGCAAGAGGUUGCGUGAAGAAAAGUUUGGCAAGACAGCUCCUCAUGUAUCCACCAACCAUCGUGUCAAAGACACUACUGUUUCUGAAACAGUUGCUCCAAAAACUACUACAGUACCUGCCAAAGCUCAUGUGAAAUUGGAUCCUUAUGUGGACGCGGCUACUUUGGCUCGUAGACAAAGUCGAUUUGGAAGUGUUUCUGCCCCAAGUGAUACGCAUGUUUCAGCACCAGUUUCCCCUUCAAAGGAAUCAGUUUCUACUACCCCACAUGUAGUCCAUCCUACAGGAGCUCUGUCUGAAGAAGAAAUUAAAAAGCAAAAAAGGAUACAACGAUUUAAUGAGGAGCAACAGUUUUGGGCUGACUUGAUUUUAAUUCUGUCCAUAGGCUUCAACAAAGCGUGGUAA